ACCUCUUAUUGUGACUUGAGCAGUCGUGCUGCUGUCGGUGUGAUGGUGUCAUCAUCAGGAUCCCGCCGGCAGACAGGACCGUGCUCCGGGGCUGGUCUGCACGCUGGUCGGGUUCCUACCAUUUUGUGCGCAGAUGUUCCGGGACGGCGGACGGGUUCGGGCCGAGCUCCGCAGCUGAGCUCGGCUCCAGACAAGCCCGGCCGACAGAGGACACGGCGGGUCACGCACGUCAGACGGCGACAGAGAGCAAAGUGCAGACAGGAAGCCGCUCCGGCACAACUUUCUCCUCCAGAGCUCCAGCGCACGCCAUGAUGCGGUGGUGUUACGGCAAAGUCCCGGGUCGGCUGUGGCUCUUGCCGCUGAACGUGUGGUACUUUGCGGCGGUAUGGGUCGCACCUGUGACGCUACACCCGCAGUGUUUGGACUUCAAGCCGCCCUUCCGCCCGGAGCGGGAGCUGGACUUCUGCGUAAUGUACAGAGAGUUUGGCUGCUGUGACUUUCAGAAGGACCAGGAGCUGAUGAGGAAGUUCUACCAGAUUAUGGAACACUUUGAUGAUUAUGGUUAUGAAAGCUGUGCUGGAUUCGUCUCGGAUCUGCUCUGCCAGGAGUGCUCUCCCUAUGCAGCUCACCUCUUUGAUGCAGAGGACCUGAGCACCCCGGUCAGGACCAUCCCUGGCCUCUGUCCAGACUACUGCUCCCAGCUUUGGUUGAAGUGCAGUUCCAUCAUCCCUCAUCUGUCCGACCACCCAAACAUAGCCAAAGUCAAAGAUGACCAGACACGUUUCUGCCAGUACCUGCAGCUAGAGGACAUGGACUACUGCUACCCACACCUCCUCAGCAACCAGAAGCUGACAAGGAAUCUGGGCCGGGUUCAGUCCGACUCGGACGGCUGUCUGCAGUUGUGCCUGGAAGAGGUUGCGAACGGGCUGCGGAACCCGCUAGCCAUGGUGCACGCCAAUGACGGCACGCAUCGGUUCUUUGUGGCAGAACAGGUGGGCGUGGUGUGGACCUACCUUCCUGACCGGUCCAGACUGGAGAGACCAUUUUUGAACAUUACCAAGGCAGUGUUAACAUCGUCAUGGGAAGGUGACGAGAGAGGCUUUCUGGGACUUACCUUUCACCCCAUGCACAAGUACAACAGGAAGCUGUACGUGUAUUACUCAGUGGAGGUGGGUUUGGAUGAGAGGAUCAGGAUCAGUGAGUUUCAUGUGUCAGCCAACGACAUGAAUGUGGUGGAUCACACCUCUGAGCGGGUUAUUCUGGAGAUUGACGAGCCAGCAUCAAACCACAAUGGAGGGCAACUGCUAUUUGCAGAUGAUGGCUACUUGUACAUUUUCACAGGAGAUGGUGGAAUGGCAGGAGACCCAUUUGGGAAAUUUGGGAAUGCCCAGAACAAGUCGGCUCUGCUGGGUAAAGUUCUCCGCAUUGAUGUGGAUGACAACGAGAGAGGCCCAUUGUACAGAAUUCCUCCAGAUAACCCCUUCAUACACGAGCGAGGGGCAAGACCUGAGGUUUAUGCUUACGGUGUCCGCAAUAUGUGGAGGUGUUCUGUGGACCCGGGCGACCCUCUGACCAAAGAGGGCAAAGGACGCAUCUUCUGCGGCGAUGUGGGCCAGAACAAGUUCGAAGAGAUUGACAUCAUCGAGAAAGGUCGGAACUAUGGCUGGAGAGCCAAAGAGGGAUUUUCCUGCUACGAUAAGAAGCUGUGUGCCAACAGCUCGCUAGAUGACGUCCUGCCUAUUUACGCGUACCCUCACAAGAUGGGAAAGUCAGUGACGGGUGGAUAUGUGUAUCGAGGCUGUGAAUACCCCAACCUGAACGGCAUGUACAUAUUUGGAGACUUCAUGAGCGGGCGCUUGAUGAGUCUUCGGGAGGACUUCAGAACAGGACAGUGGACGUACAGUGACAUCUGUAUGGGGACGGGCCUGACGUGCUCCUUUCCUGGAGUCAUAGACAACUACCACCAGUACAUCAUCUCCUUUGCAGUGGAUGAAGCUGGCGAGCUGUACUUCAUGUCGACCGGAAUACCGAGUGCUACGUCGCCCUCAGGGGUCAUUUACAAAGUGGUGGAUCCCUCACGACGCGCCCCACCAGGACAGUGUCACUAUGACCCUCUUCCUGUCAGAGUGAAGAGUAAACUCAUCAAGUUCGUUCCCCAGGAAACGUUUAUAGGCACUAGAAACGAGCCUGAGCCAGAACCCACAGAGUCCUAUGACUGGCUCCAGGAGCUUAUUGACAGUCUAGGUGAAUUAGGACCAGAGCCGACCACCCCUUUGCCGACCACGACUACCACCAGACCGCCCAAACGUUCAGGUCGGAAAGGCAGACGCAAGAAGAGCAGAUCCAGGGCACAGAGUGCGCCUGAGCCUCAGAACGGUGGGGUUAGGCUGGUCGGGGACGAACAGGGCCGCAGCAACCAAGGACGGGUGGAGAUCUACAUUAAUGGAGAGUGGGGCACUGUGUGCGAUGACCUAUGGACUAUCAAGAACGCUGCCGUGGUUUGCCAGCAACUAGGUUUCCAGUACGCUCUGAAGGCAGCGAGGAACUCUGAGUUUGGGGAGGGGAGGGAUCUGCGCAUUCUUUUGGAUGAUGUUCAGUGCAAAGGGACAGAGUCCACCCUGCUGGACUGCAAACAUGCUGGUGUGGGGUUACAUAACUGUGCCCAUUACGAGGAUGCCGGGGUGAUCUGUGGCAACUCAGAUGCAGGAGUCUAAAUGUUUGAAGGCUCUGACGUCAGAGCUAACAUUCAUUAACUUAAUCCACCCUAAAUAUACAGUAACAUUGUAUUCUCUCACUGGAAGAUUCUUUUUUUUUUCUUUUGAUCAGUCCCAUGAAUGGGCACACCAAAUAUAGACCAUGUCGUUCUGUACCACGAUAUUUCCAGCAGGCACAAUGGUGUAAUUCUUCUUCUUGCGUUUUGUAUUCAGUCCAUCACAAUAAAAAAGGAAAGGGAGAAACCAUGCAGAAACACAGUGCAGCCACAACGCACUGCAUUUUCAAAUAUGGGCACGGCACAAACGCUUUUCAUAGAAUCCACAGGUUCAAGCAAAAAGUUAAGGAAAUCAUAAUACAGAGCAGGAGGUGAUGCACCAACAGACAGUCCUUCAUCAAAGCUUUCCAGAAGUAAUGUAUGAGAUAACCACAUACAUACAUCUCGGAUGCAUGAUGAUGUCUGACACUGUAACACAAUCUAAGGGUGGGAGCCUCCUCUACUAAAGGUUCCUUUUUUCCAGUAGCUGCAUUUUUUUUUCCUUAAAUGUAAAUGAUAAUAUAAGAGUUUAUGUUUUGUUUUUCAUUACAGACUGAAUGUUUAAUUUGAAUGUAAGUUUGGCACCGUUGAGUCUGCCUUCUCAGUGAUCUGUUGCAUAACAAUUGGAGUUUCUCUGAAUGUCAAAUUUCUUCUGUGUUGAAUGUCCAAUGUGCACUGAAUGUAUGGUUGUAUCAAGAAAUGUUUUAAUAAAAGCUUUCUAGCUUCU